AUGUAUGAUGUGUUUAAAUUUAAAAUACACUAAAAUUUAAAUUAUAGACAAAAUAAAUAAAUAAAAAGAGAAGCAAAUUUAAUUUUUCUGAACAUUAGAUAAGCAAAGUUUACCACAGAUGAAGUUGUUAAUUUUACAAAAAUUCUGAAUUGGAAACAACAAAUUAAAUAUAUAUCUAAGCUUUUGUCUAUAAAAUGAUAUUUGUGGGGGAGAUUAAAAAGGAAAAAAGAAUAGACACAUAAAAAGGUGAAAAGAGUCAGGUUUAGUCUUUUAACUUUUAAUCCAUAGCCAAUAAAACACAUAUGUGCAGACUGCAGAGACAGAGGAAGAUAGAUAGAGAAGAAACAGCCAUGUUUUGAGGAAGGAGACAUGCAUCAUCAUCAUCAUCUGAAACUUGUUACUUAACUUCUCUAUCUCUCCAUCUUUUACCAAAUCCAAACACCAAAGGUCUCUCUCUCUCUUUGCUAUAUCCAUGCCCAUUUUUGUCUCUGUUUGAUUGGAUCACUUAUCAAGAAGACAAUGCAAGUGUUCCAAAGGAAAGAUUCAAUGCCAACAAACCCAAACAUUCAAGGAUCUCAAUCUUUCAGCUUGACAAAGGACAUGAUGAUGAUGUCUACACAAUCAGGUUUGCAGCUGCAAGAUCAAGAUUCUUCCUCAACGCAAUCUACUGGAGAAUCAGGCGGUGGCUGUGAAGUUGCUAGCUUUGUAGAAUGUUACAUGGAGAACCAGGGAAAGGGUAUUGAAAGUUAUACAACCACCUCGUCGAUGGUCUCACAAGAUUCUGUGUUUCCUCCUGCUUCUGGUCUAGCAUCUUGGCCUCCUCAAUGUCCUGAAACACCACAUUUCAGUAGUUUCUUGGCUCCUGAAUAUGCAUCUCAACCAAAGGCGCUGUCGCGUUUAGAAAUGAUGGGUUUGGUUUCUUCAAGGGUGCCAUUGCCUCAUAACAUUCAAGAGAACGAACCAAUAUUCGUCAAUGCUAAACAGUACCACGCCAUUCUACGUCGUAGGAAGCAUCGUGCUAAGCUUGAAGCUCGGAAUAAACUCAUCAAGAGCCGUAAACCUUACCUUCAUGAGUCUCGCCAUCUUCAUGCUUUGAAGAGAGCUAGAGGCUCCGGUGGGCGUUUCCUCAAUACAAAGAAGCUUCAAGAUUCAUCAAACACACCGUUCAGAUUCUCAGGGUACCCAUCAACACACCAUGUAUCAGCUCUCAUGUCAGGGACUUGAGACAUCUGAGAAGAAGGGAAGUCAUCCUUGGCUAUAAAAUUGUUAUUGCAAAACUCUGUUUACAUCAUCUGCAAUCUCACUCUAAAUUGAAGAACUUUGUCAAACUAUUUUGUUAUUUUCAACAUUUUCUGAUU